GCGACCGCGUCUGCAGUGCGGCAAUGUCGACAGCGGUUAUAGCAGCGGCGGCGGCGCUAGCAGCAGCACCAGUGUCCUUCCAUGUCCACAAUUUACGACAGGCGACUCGGUGAUUCCUCUUCCAAAAGGGAAGGCGCGACCAGCGCGAAUGCAACUCGACUCAAGCACGGGCUUCGUGACGGUGUCAUCGGGGGAGAAAAAUGUCGGGUCCAGGCAACAAUAACCCGACGGAAAGGGCGAGGGUGGCACUGCAGGGACACAUGUAUGAAACCGACAAGGACUGGCACGUAACCAUUGUUGCUGCCGCCGCCUUUUUCUUCGGCUCAGCUUCCAUCCGCUCUUCGGGCAUUUUCUAUCUUAGCAUCAUGGAAGAAUUUCGGGUGUGUCGAUCCACGGCGUCAUGGCCAGACACGCUCAUCGAUGCAACUAGCGAAAUGGCCGGGCUCCUAGUGGCAGUGUUUUUCGAGCGCGUCAACCCACUGAGCGUGAUGACGGUCGGCAGCAUCCUUGCCUGGGCGGGCGUCAUGUGUUCGGCCUUGGCCCCCAGCAUCGUAUGGAUAUCUCUCACGCUCGGUGUCACUCACGGAAUCGGCAUCGGGCUGGUAUUCAGCUCGCUGCAGGUGUUCCUUAGCCAGAACUUCAGCAAGUACCGUGGCACAGCUCAUGGCAUCAUGUACGCUGGUGCAGCAGCCUCGGCCAUGGUGUUCCCCUACUUGCUUGAGUACACCACGCACAUAUUCGGAUUCCGCCUGUGCCUGGUAAUCUUUGGUCUCAUCCUGGUCAACCUGACUAUCAUCACCCUGCUUCUCGACAGAAACUCCUGGGUGGGCAGCGCCGCUACAAGGCAAGAAGUAACACCUGGUGAGAGCACCGAAGGCCUGACUGAGCUGUAUCUUUGGCGUUGUUGCUGCAGGCGAGCACCCAGGGGGAGCCUUUACAAGUCAACCAGUGACGGAAGGGUGUCAUCUUCUCCAAACGUUGUCAACGUGCAGAGUGGGUCGCCAGAAGCAGGGUCGCCUUCAUACACAAACGUUAUUCUCCGUGAAGGCAGGGUGUUCAGUUGCCCGAUGUACUACGUUAUAGUAGGCACAUGGAUCCUUUUCAACUACUGCUUCGACAUGUUCAUCGGCACUAUCGACGAUUACGCCACGGACAAGCAGAUGGGCUUCCUGAGAACGAUAUCUAUCCUGCCCAUACUCUCCACGACGGACAUCUUCGGUGGCGUCUGUCUCCCUGCCCUCGUCGACAAGGGGCUACUGAGCCGGAGCGCUCUGCUUAGCACCACUUACAUCGGCCUCGGAGUCACCACAGCGCUUCUGCCUGUGAUGACAGCCUUCGUCCCGUUCGUGAGCAUUUGCCUUGUGCUGGCCAUGUUUAUGGGCUCUGGCAACGCCAUGUACGGUGUCCUGCAGGCUGACUACAUACGUCAGGAUAGACUGCCAGUUUCGUACGGCACAGCGGGAUUUGUCGCAGGCGUCCUGCUCAUUGCCAAGCCAUUUGUCAUAGGUUAUUUCCGGGACUACCAUAAAUCAUACGAUGGGCUGUUCCGGAUGCUGUCCGUGAUAUUGUUUCUUCUGGGAUUCACUUGGCUCAUUGUGGUAGUAUACGAGUGGCACGUCAGUGGCUCGUGGAAAAGGAAGAAAAGAAGACAGGCCGUGCUCGAAAUUCUGCAAAACAUGUGACUUUCAUAGCGGGAGAACACUUCCACUGUGUGCUUUCCCUGCGUAGGCAGUAGUUCAUCAUUACAUAAUUUCUAGCUUCGAUGAGGCGCCACGCACUAGUAUAAUUUUUAUCACCCUUUCAUGACGCAGGCCACCGAACUUAUUUGCUGGUGUCCAAGUUCAUUAGCCUUUCGUGUCUGUGAUAUGACAAGCUUUUAGGUCGAGGUAGUGCAAUAAAAAUAGCCUCUAUUUCCCCGCGGUGACACCGCUACCGUAAUAUAGUGUGAAUAACAUGCACACUUGCAUUUAAAUCUGCGUCACAGGUAAAAACAAGUGCUCUAGA